AGAUGGCGACCGCCUGGCGAAAGGGCAACUCCGGUGGCUCGCGGCAAGACGGUGCCCCGGCGCAGCUCAGCCGUCACUCGUCGCAGCGUUACCGGUGCCGGUGCGGCCAGUGCUGUCGCGAUGGCUCGCGGGAUAACCUCAAGCGGCCGACCGGCAUGGCGCGCAGCUUUGACGACCUCGAGCCGCACCAUCAGUACCCGCGCUGUCGCAAUGCCAGUCGACACCGGAACAAGAGCGCCACACGGGGACGCUACGGCAGCAACCACAGGUUCGGUUUGGACGACUACCACUGCGUCUCGGCCUCGCCGCCGACUUCGCCAGCGGGAGACAAGCUAUGCCAGUCUCACCCGUCUUCCACACAGUUCAAGGUGGUGCUUGACGUGCGGCAGUUCAACCCCGAAGACCUGACCGUGAAGACGUGCGGCAAGCACGCCGUCAUUCAGGCGGUGCGCACCGAGGACCGCGGCCGCAAGGGCAUCAUCGUCAAGGAGUUCACGCGCCGCUACUUGCUGCCGGAUGGCGCCGACGCGGACCGCGUCUCGUGCUCGCUCACCGAGGACGGCUUCCUGACGGUCGACGUGCCCAUGAAGGACCCGCCGCUCAUUGAGAACGAGAGGAUCGUGCCCAUCACGGUCAUACACGGCAGUGGUGGUGGCGGCAGCACCGGCCAACAGGGCGCCCAGUCGCUUAGCCCUGGACAGCAGCCGUGCCAGGAGUACAAGAAGAACCAGACCUGCCGGAGACCGUCCAGACUCAGUCUGCACUCGGACGACAUUGGCUAAACGAGUGCGCAGAAAUAAGCGCACUGCACGUGCUGAUCUCGGUUGCCGAAAUAUAAGCCUUGUCCGCAAGCAGGGUGUCUUUCACACGACAGACCGCCGCACCUCGUCAGCUUCGACUCGCUCAUUGUCUACCUUCUGCUUUGACCCACGGCAGUUGCUUCGCUAAGAUACCGAGGGAAGAUGACAUUACUCCCGUUUGCACCUACUUGCACAUGCGCAAAGCCACGCUCAUUAGCACUAUACGGCACCGGAAGUCCCGAUGUGGUGGGCAGGUGCGGAGUACCGUUGCCCGGUCAACUAAAGCGUCGGCUUGCUCUUCCAGUAGCCUUGGCUGGAACGGAGUAAUGGCUUUUUAAACACAUGGACCAAUAAAAUGCAAUGAACAGAAAACUACUACAUACUUUCAU